GCGGCCCAACUAUAAACGCAGUAAGAGCCCGAGUGACCUCUAGCGGGAGCGUCUGAGAAGUGCAAUGCUGUUUCAAUGGCAACCAUCACAGAGUUGAAAAGCGCGCUGCGAGAGACGCUGGAGGCCCGCGGGGUCCUGGGGCAGCUGAAGGCGAGGAUCCGGGCCGAGGUGUUCAGCGCGCUGGACGAUCAGAGCACGCCUCGCCCGCCGCUGUCCCACGAGAACCUGCUCAUCAACGAGCUGAUCCGAGAAUACCUGCAGUUCAACAAAUACCAGUACACCGCCUCGGUGCUGACCGCAGAAUCGGGUCAGCCCGAGGUUGCCCUGGAUCGGGAGUUCAUGGCCAGUGAGCUCAAUGUCGCAGAGGAGUCAAGUGCCAAAGCAGUGCCAUUGUUGUAUGGAUUGCUCCAUCAUUUCCUGAACAGCAAGGAAAAACUCUUCCUAAGAGGAUCAGCAACAGUGCCUUCACAAGAACCUCACGGCCAUCAUGAUGCGGAGUCAUAAAACUGAGCUCUUCGGUCACCGGCAACCGAAACACAAGAGGAAGUCACAUGAUCACAACUAAAACAGUUUGCCAUUAAAGAGGCCAAAAUAUUCUGAGUUUAAAUGUUGAAUGUAUUGUAUUUUUGUUGUUUUUGUGCUUCUAGUAAUAUCGUUCCAUUUUAGAUUUUCAGCUGUGCAAAAAAUACAGCAUUUUAAAUUUCGUUUGAAGUUCAGUUAACUGAUUUUGAAUCUGAUGUUUGUGUCAUCUUUUUAAAAAAGCUGUCAUAUGCAAUAUUAAAUUUACAUUUGCUGCAAAAUAACAGCAGCCUUA